UGAAUGAGUGCCUUUUAUGUGCAGUGAGCGGACUGCAUCUCAGCCGGUAAAGCUGCCUGAAAACCAUACAUCGCGCUGCCAACGGAGCCCAGCUCUCCUGGGUGAAUUGGGUAAACUCAGCACUCUGAUCCUGGACUGCAACAGCUACUCGUCCCACGUCAAGUUCCCCUACAUGCCUAGUGUCACCACCGUGUGGAUCAACAAGAACAAGGUCAGCAACCUGCCCAUCUUCGUUGAAGAGAUCCGAAGCAAGUUCCCCAACAUCAAGAUUCUCAGCAUGAUGAACAACGAAUCAGCACCCAGCUACUUCAAUGGGGGGAGUCUAGACCAGUACAUAGACUACAGGCAGUAUGUGAUCAGUCAGAUCCCAAGCCUGAAGAUCCUGGAUGACACUGAGGUUUUGGAGAAAGAGAGAGCGCAGGCUAAGAAGACCUAUAGGAUGCAGAGGACCAGGGAAGGCAGCAAAAAGAGGAAGGAACUUCAACAUUGAACCCUCCAUAACACUGCUGCCUAUCGAACUGAACUUCAAAGAUUUAUCAAGAUGAGAAAAAUAAUCAUUGUAUAGAUAGAUAACUAGUUCAAGGCAAGUUAGCAUAAUUUAAAAUAUAUUUUCAACAUGUUUAUCAAAAUUAAAAUGGGAUAACUUAUCUUAUGACUUUAUGGUUGAGGGGAUUCUAAGCUGAAAUAUGGAAUUGUUUUAAGAUGGUCAUACUAUGGAGCAUUUAGCUAUUUGAUUUGGAAUUUUAGGACCCCUUCAGGUACAACACAUAUUUGCUAAAAUAUUGAAUUUGGCCUUUACGACUAUAGCACAUAGAAAUACAUUGAAUAACACAUUCAUAAAUGGCUAAAAAGACAGUCAGAAAAUAAAUCAUUAGGAACAAGUUUUCUAAAAGAUAAGAAUGCUCAGGAAAUAUACAAUAUCAGUCUUAAGUUUGGACACACCUACUCAUUCAAGGGUUUUUCUUUAUUUUUUACAUUGUAGAAUAAUUGUGAAGACAUUAAAACAUAUGGAAUCAUGUAGUUCCCAAAAAGAAAAUGUAAAACAAAUCGGAACAUAUUUUAGAUUCUUCAAAGUAGCCAAAUCAAAGCAAAUUUUAUUUGUCACAUACACAUGGUUAGCAGAUGUUAAUGCGAGUGUAGCGAAAUGCUUGUGCUUCUAGUUCCGACAAUGCAGUAAUAACCAACAAGUAAUCUAACUAACAAUUCCAAAACUAUUGUCUUAUACACAAGUGUAAGGGGAUAAAGAAUAUGUACAUAAAGAUAUAUGAAUGAGUGAUGGUACAGAGCAGCAUAGGCAAGAUACAGUAGAUGGUAUCGAGUACAGUAUAUACAUAUGAGAUGAGUAUGUAAACAAAGUGGCAUAAUUAAAGUGGCUAGUGAUACCUGUAUUACAUAAAGAUGCAGUAGAUGAUAGAGUACAGUAUAUACGUAUACAUAUGAGAUGAAUAAUGUAGGGUAUGUAAACAUUAUAUUAGGUAGCAUUGUUUAAAGUGGCUAGUGAUAUAUUUUACAUCAUUUCCCAUUAAU